AGGCGGCUGCGGCGCUGGGGUCUCCGCUGGCGGAGUCGCUGCGCUUCGCUCUACGAGGCGCUGCUGCCGCUGGAGCGGCUGUGCGGGCGCGCGGGGCUGCGCUGGCCCCCGCUGGGCCGCGGCGACUUCGAGGCCAAGCCCAUGGUGCUGCUGCUGGGCCAGUGCUCGAGCGGCAAGAGCUCCCUGGUGCGGUACCUGCUGGAGGAGCCGGUGCCCGGCGCGCGCCUGGGCCCCGAGCCCAGCACCGACGGCUUCGUGGCCGUCAUGCACGGCCCGGCGCCCGGAAUCAUCCCCGGCAACGCGCUCGUGCUGGACCCCAGCAAACCCUUCCGGCAGCUGGAGGCCUUCGGGAGCGGCUUCCUCAACCGGUUCGUUUGUGCCACGCUGAACAAUCCGGUGCUGGAGAGCAUCACCCUGAUCGACACCCCCGGCAUCCUGGCGGGGCCCAAGCAGAGGCUCUGCAGGGGCUACGAUUUCCCGGCCGUGCUGCGCUGGUUCGCCGAGCGCUCGGACCUGGUGAUCCUGCUCUUCGACGCGCACAAGCUGGAGGUGUCGGAGGAGCUGUCGGCGGCGCUGGCGGCGCUGCGGGGCCACGAGGAGAAGCUGCGCGUGGUGCUCAACAAGGCCGACGCCGUGGGCGCCCAGCAGCUGCUGCGCGUCUACGGGGCGCUGCUCUGGGGCCUGGGCCGCUGGACGCCGCCGAGGUGCCGCUGCGUGUUCGUGGGCUCCUUCUGGGACCGGCCGCUGCUGCAGGACGGCCACCGGCGCCUCUUCGAGAUGGAGGAGCGGGCGCUGUUCCGCGAGAUCCGCGAGCUGCCGCGCAACGCCGCGCGCCGCAAGCUCAACGACCUGGUCAAGCGGGCCAGGAUGGUGCAGGUGCAGGCGCUGCUGCUGCGGCGGCUGCGGGACGAGCUGCCCGCGCUGCCCGGCGGCCGCAGGAAGCGCCUGGAGCAGCGGCUGCCGGCGCUGCUGGGCCGCAUCCAGAGCGAGCAGCGGAUCCCGCCCGCCGACCUGCCCGACUGCGCCCGCGUCCAGGAGCAGCUGCUGGCGCGGGACCUGUCCCGGCUGCCGAGGCCGAAGCAGCGGCUGCUGGCCAAGCUGGAGGAGCUGCUGGGCCGGGACCUGCCCGCCCUGAGCCCGCUGCUGGCCCCGGGCGAGCCCGGCGAGCCCGGCGUGCGCGGGGGAGCCCUGGACGGCGCCCUGGGGCCCUUCGGCGCCUCCGACCGCGACGACGACGACGACGAGGAUGAGGAGGACGACGAGGAGGAGUGGGUGGUGAUGAAGGACAAGGCGAAAUACGACGAGAUCUUCUACGGGCUGGCGCCCAGCGGGGGCAAGCUGAGCGGGAGGAGGGCCAAGGGCUGGAUGGUGGCCAGCAAGCUGCCCAGCUCGGUGCUGGGGCGCAUCUGGCAGCUCAGCGACGUGGACAGGGACGGCAUGCUGGACCACGAGGAGUUCGCGCUGGCCGGGCACCUGAUCGGGGCCAAGCUGGAGGGGCGGGGGCUGCCGGCCGACCUGCCGCCCCGCCUGGUGCCGCCGUCCAAGAGGAGGCACAAGGGCUCUGCUGAGUGACCCCAAAAUUGCCAUUAUUAACCCCAAAAAUCCACCCAGAGAUAUCCCAGAAAUAGCCCAAAAAUCCAUCCAGAGAUAUCCCAAAAUAUCCCAGAA